AUGCUAGAUACAGAAAAAGGAAAUCAAACAGGAACUACAGAAUUCAUCCUUCUGGGUUUUGGGACUUCCCCUAAGAUGGAGCCUCUUCUUUUCUGUUUCUUCUUGGUGAUUUAUUUGACAACAAUAACAGGAAAUCUUCUCAUCUUUCUGCUAGUUGUGACUGACCAGCAUCUUCAUACCCCAAUGUACUUCUUCCUGGCAAAUUUGUCUUUUCUGGAUACUUGCUAUAGCUCUACUUUGCUGCCUAAAAUGCUGGUAAACUUGCUAAGAGUUAAGAAAACAAUAACUCUGAGUGGAUGUCUAGCCCAAUAUCAUUUCUUCUGUCUUUGUGCAGGUGUAGAAACUUAUCUUUUGGCUGCUAUGUCUUAUGAUCGCUAUUUGGCAAUUUGUAGACCUUUGCUUUAUGCUUCUAUUAUGAAUAGGAAGUUCUGUUUUCUACUAAUAGUUGGAACAUGGAUUAAUAGCAUGAUAGCUAAUAUUAUUCUAGUGGGUUUUGUGGCUCAAUUAUCCUUCUGUGGCCCUAAUGUCAUAGACCAUUACUUUUGUGAUUUCCAUCCACUGGAGAAAUUAUCCUGUUCUGACACAAAUCUCCUUGAUCUCGUCCUUCUAUUCAUAAGCAUUAGUUUUGUAAUUGUUCCCUUUCUGUUGACCUUCCUCUCCUAUAUUUGGAUUAUUGGCACUAUCAUAAAAAUCAAAUCCAACACUGGAAGGCAAAAAGCUUUUUCAACUUGUUCUUCUCAUCUCGUCGUAGUUUGCCUCUUUUAUGGCACAUUAAUCAUUGUCUAUGUGUUGCCAGAUUAUCCCACCCUGAGAUACCUCAAUAAAGUCUUCUCUAUUUUCUAUACAAUGAUGACCUCUUUGGCAAACCCCCUAAUUUAUACUUUAAGAAACAAAGAAGUCCACAAAGCUCUCAGAUUACUUUAUGGUAAAAUUAUAAUUGUCAGUAGAAAUAAUUUGAAACUAUAA